GCCAACCAGGACUUCAUGAGAAAUUCCAGUUUGCAGUCCAGGGUGGAGUCCUUCUUCCCCUACAAAGCCAAGAGGCCGCCCGUGUUAAACGCCAGCUACGGACCCUUCUCGGUGGAGCAAGCAGUGCCCCAGGACCUCCUGCUGACUUCCAGCUCCUUUGGAUCCGCCAACAAGUUCACCUACAACUGGAAGCUGCAGGCCUACAUCCUGAGCAGCAAGAUCUACCUGAGCAAGCCGCGGGUGCAGGUGCUGUUCUACAUCGUGGGCAGGGACUGGGACGAGUACAGCCCCGCGGAGCGGCUGCCCUGCCUGCGCGUGUUCGCCUUCCGCGAGACGCGCGAGGUGCGCGGCAGCUGCCGCCUGCGGGGGGACCUGGGGCUCUGCGUGGCGCAGCUGGAGCUGCUGCCCAGCUGGUUCAACCCCCCCACGGUGCUCACGGGCCGGAAGAAGCCAGCGGAGCAGCUGGAGGGGAGCCCCGUGGAGCUUUACUACACGGUGCAGCCCGGGGACGAGAAGGGCGAGUGCACGGCCGAGGAUCUCCGCAAGGGCAACGCCAUCCGGCCCGGGAAGGAUGGCGUGGAUGAAAGCAUGUCCCACCUGCAGAGGAUUGGCUCUGUCAGCCUCUACCGUGGCCAGGAGGCCUCCCAGCUCACGGAGCUGCGGCUGGACAGCAACGUUGUGGUGUGGCUGCCCUCCAAGCCCGUCAAGCAAGGCGAGGUUGUGAAUGUUUACGUGACGAUUGCCAACAAUUCCACCGUGGAUCAGUUCAUCCUCAGAGCAAAGGUGAAGAAAGGAGUGAACAUCCUGGGCGCGAGGACGAGCGACCCGCGGCAGUGGGACGUGAAGCAGGAGGUGGGCAAUGGUGGCAAGCACUCCACCACCACAGUCCUGUGCCAGAGGAUAGCCCCAGGCUCCAGGAACAGGAGCACCAGCCUGUUCCACGAGGUCGUGCAGCUGGAGUUUGAGAUCGCCAGCUUCAGCAGCCUGUCGGGCACACAGCCCAUCAGCUGGCAGGUGGAGUACCCCCAGCACGGCUCCUCCGAGCCCGCCCUGGCCGAGAUCUUCAUCUGCCAGAAGGACCUGGUGGGCAUCGUGCCCCUGGCCAUGGACACAGAGAUCCUGAACACGGCCAUCCUGACGGGCAGGACGGUGGCAGUGCCCAUCAAGGUGGUGUCCAUCGAGGAGAACAGUGCUGUGACAGACAUCUCCGAGUCUGUGGAGUGCAAAUCCUCCGGGGAGGACGUCAUCAAAGUUUCUGACAGGUGUGACUACGUUUUUGUCAACGGCAAGGAGAUGAAAGGCAAGGUGAACGCUCUGGUGAACUUCACCUACCAGUACCUGAGUGCCCCCCUGCAGAUGACGGUGUGGGUGCCACGCCUGCCCCUCCAGAUCGACAUUUCCGACACUGAGCUCAGCCAGAUCAAAGGCUGGCGAGUCCCUGUGGUUUCCAACAAAAGGCCCACGCGGGACAGCGAUGACGAGGACGAGGACGAGCGCAGGGGCAGGGGCUGCACCCUGCAGUACCAGCACGCCAUGGUCAGGGUGCUCACCCAGUUCGUGGCCGAGGACUCGGGGCCCUGGGGACAGCUGAGCUACCUGCUGGGCUCAGACUGGCACUUUGACAUCACUGACCUGGUCAGGGACUUCAUGAAGCUGGAGGACCCGCACAUUGCCAGGCUGCAGGAGGGCAGGAUCCUGGUCGGCCGGGAAGUGGGGAUGACCACCAUGCAGGUUUUGUCUCCUCUGUCUGACUCCAUCCUGGCAGAGAAGACAGUGACUGUGCUGGAUGACAAAGUGACCAUCACAGACCUUGGGGUGCAGCUGGUGUCUGGGCUUUCUCUCUUCCUGCAGCCCAGUGCAGCCACCAGCAGGGCCAUUGUGGCCACAGCCGUUGCCCAGGAGCUGCUGCACACUCCCAAGCAGGAAGCCGUGGUGAGCACCUGGAUCCAGUUCAGUGACAGCUCUGUCACCCCUCUGGACAUCUACGACCCCAAGGACUUCUGGCUGUCGGCGGUGUCUCUGGACGAGGCCGUGGUCUCGGUGCACCAGAGCCCUGCCCUGAGGUGGCCCGUGGUGGCGGCAGAGGGCGAGGGCCAGGGCGCGCUGGUCAAGGUGGACAUGAUGAUCUCCGAGGCGUGCCAGAAGUCCAAGAGGAAGAGCGUGCUGGCCGUGGGCAGCGGCAGCAUCAGGGUGAAGUUCGGGCAGAACGACGCGGACACGGAGGCGGGCGGCGACUACGACGCCGACGAGAUCGAGAACCGCGCCAGCGACCGGCGCCACAAGGGCCCGGAGCCGGGGCACGACGGGCGCUACCACGGCGGCUCCUCGGCCGACAGGGACCCCGAGGGGCCCCUCAGGAAGGCCAGCACCACGGCCAAGUCCGUGCUCAAAAACAAAGUCAUCAAAAACAACCGCCUGGACGGCGGCAAGCUGUCGGACGACAGCCAGCUGCAGAACAUCCCCAUUGACUUCACCAACUUCCCCGCCCAGGUGGACCUGCCCAAAGGAGGUGCUGGCAUGGAGGACAACGACCUGGUGCAGACACCCCGGGGGCUCAGCGACCUGGAGAUCGGCAUGUACGCCCUGCUGGGCGUCUUCUGCCUGGCCAUCCUGGUGUUCCUCAUCAACUGUGCAACAUUUGCACUCAAGUACCGCCACAAGCAGGUGCUGGUGGAAGGACAGAGCACCAUGACGCACUCCCACGACUGGGUGUGGCUGGGCAACGAGGCCGAGCUGCUGGAGAACGCGGCGGACGCGUCGCCCCAGCAGGAUGAGCACACCACCAUCAUCGACCGGGGCUCGGGCGCCGAGGAGAGCAACCAGCUGCUGAACGGCAGCGCCCAGAAGAACACUCAGAGCCAGCUGCACAGGGCUGCAGACCCGGGGGGGAGGCUGGGCAAGGAGCACAAGGUGGAGCCUUUGCACUCGCCCACGUCCAAGAGGAAGCGGGUGAAGUUCACCACGUUCACCACCAUCCCGCCCGACGACGGCUGCCCCACCAUCAACUCCAUCCUCGGCAGCAAUGACGAUGACAUUAAGUGGGUGUGCCAGGACAUGGACCUGGGCGACUCCAAAGAGAUCAGAAACUACGUGGGGAAGUUCAAAGACAAAGCGUAG